UGAAAAGAGUCGUCGUGUAAUUGCUGGUUUUAACAACAGAAAGUGAAUAUAAACGGUAAUUAAAGUAUUUAAUAUUAUUUGUUAUAACCUAAGAAAUUAGAUUUUCUUUAAAAAAAAAUACCAGUAGUACGUACGUUUUUAUUGCUUUUGGAGAAGCAUAUGAUUCAUGUAUCGGACUGAGAGAAUUAAUUUGCAGUUCUAUACCGUAUGUCUAGAUGUUCAAACUGGUGGUCGCUAGCAAAAUAAGGAAAUGCUGGCGAGCAACUAAAAUGUAUUAGAAAGAAAUGUGGGAAAUGUUACACGUGUAUGGAUAACGGGGCUGAGGACCGUUGAGAAGUUUACAAGCGGAACACAAGAAACAACUAAUAGAAAAGUGGAGAUAAUCCGAGAAAAGAGGAGAUGGACACAGCAGACGAAGGAACGCAAACGCGAUGAGCACAGAAUGUGCAGAGAAUGUUACUAGACGAGAACUAUAGUGGUAUCGUUAUUAACCAGAUUUGAUGAGACACGUUAUCCUGACAAUCGGACAGCCUUGAAGAUGAUGUACUCUUCUAGAAGAAAACCUGUGCUGUAUUUCAAGGAGGAAAACCGGUCUCGUCUGUUUUUCGGCAUCCUGUCCAGAAAGUGCUCCAUCUUCAAGCUCUUCUGUGUCUGCGUGGUGAUCGGCUGUGCCUCCCUGCUGUGGCUCCAGCUCAGCUGCUCGGACGAGGUGCCAAGGAGGGGUGUCGAGGACGGCACCCUGUCCCAUCAGCCCUGCCCCCCAGAGAGACAGGCAAGCGCAACAGACGACCCUUCUUGGGGUCCUCACAAACUGGCCCUCCUCAUCCCUUUCAGAGAGCGCUUUGACGAGCUCAUGGUCUUUGUGCCCUACAUGCACUCCUUCUUAAACAAGCUGAAAAUACGACACAAUAUCUUCGUGAUCAACCAGGUAGAUCAUUACAGAUUCAACCGAGCUUCCCUGAUAAAUUCUGGAUUUCUGGAGAGUGGGAACGACACUGAUUACAUUGCCAUGCACGAUGUGGACUUGCUGCCUCUCAAUGAGGAUUUGGACUAUGGGUUUCCAGAUCAGGGCCCGUUCCACCUCGCGUCACCAGAGCUGCACCCCCUGUAUCACUACAGGACGUACGUGGGGGGGAUUCUGCUCCUCACCAAACAGCAUUACCAAAUGUGCAAUGGGAUGUCGAACCGCUUCUGGGGCUGGGGCAGAGAGGACGACGAGUUCUACAGAAGAUUAAAAGAUGCAGGGUUGCAGCUGUUCAGGCCUAAGGGAAUAACGACAGGGUACAAGACAUUCCGACACCUACACGACCCGGCGUGGAGGAAGAGGGACCAGAAGAGAGUGGCCUCACAGAAGCAGGAGCAGUUCAAAGUGGACAGAGAAGGGGGGCUGUCCAAGCUGCGAUACAAUGUGGACUCUAAAAGGGAGCUCAUGAUCAGCGGUGCUCCGUGCACACUGAUCAAUAUCCUGCUGGACUGUGACCUCGACGAAACCCCGUGGUGCCUGCUGAGCUGAUCAGAGGUGCAGAUCUCAGGAGAGCCUCUUAAUGCUGAGCCCAUGAGGAAUCUCUUCUGUUAAUACAGGUCUGUGGAGAGUCGAUCCUGCUUGGAGUAGGAAGCUGGAAUAUAUACAGUCUGCUCAGAGCAGUGCAGUAUCUGAAUUGAUACAAUGUAUUAUUAUUAUUAUUAUUAUUAUUAUUAUUGAAUCUGGAAAAUGUACAAUGUGUUUUUUAUGAUAGUAAUAAUAAUUCUGCCAAUGGAUGCUGGAUUAUGAAAUAUGCAUCAUUAACUUUUGACAUUGUCCUCAUGUUUUCCAAGGCAAUGCUCAAUGUGAACCUAUUUGUAUUUUAUUGGGAGAUCAAAUCUAGAUUAAGCAGCUGUACUAAGGCACUGUGCUCUGCUUUGGAUGUUUUAUUAGCGAAUGGCUCUUUGUUCACAGCAGCAAGGAAUGACUACUCUGAAAGCCAGUCUGCAUUCUCGCGAGUAAUGGGAUAAUCAAUUGAUUUUCGUUAGGCUACAGACUGGUUGGAUGGUUUUCUGACUCUAUUUGCGCAAUAUUUAUGUAAAGCUACACUGUAAAAAUGCAAAGGUGCAUAAACCGGUUUCUUAAAAGCUAUAGUUUUAUAUUAAAUUCUACGUAUUCUGGACAAGACAUUAAACCAGCUGUUUUUUGGUAUGUGUCCCUCCUCUCUGAUGUCUGAUUUAGGUAAAUGAGUUGGUGGUGGAAGCGAGGAUCAGAAAUGUGAAGAUUUCUGUAGGUGACUUUAUAAAAGUCCUGGUGUGUUAUACAACUGAUCCAGCUUCUGAAUGCAUUUCUGAUGAGUGACCCACAAAAUUGUACAAACCUUUAUGCACAGAAUCUUCUACGUAGUCCUGUUUUUUUUUUUUUUUUUUUUUCUUCCCCCAAGCCCAUGGCAGGUGUGCAUAUUUAAACCUAUGUAGACUCCUCUUCUGUGCAAUCUAAAGCUAAUUAAAAUACUACCAUUGUAGAUGUAUACCAAGACUGUGGCGUUUCCCAUGAACUAUACCAGAGCAUUUCAUUGUAUCAUAUGUAGGGCUGUAAAAAUAGAUAUUUCACUAUUUCUACAUAAUACUUAUUAAAUCAGAAAAAUGUAUAAUUUUUUUUCUACAGUUAUUUACAGAAAUUGUGAGAUCUGUGCUCAUUGAGGGGAAACAAUACAGCCAGAUUCCAAUUUUGUUUUUAUUUUUAUUUAUUUUUUUUAACGUGGAAAUUCAGUGUCUCAAGUUACAGGCUGGAAUAAACUCAAAAUCAAACUGGGAAGAAGCCAAGGAAAACUAAAUGUAAUGUGAACUGUCCUGGAACACUACACGCAGCCUCCUCUGGGAGACACAGCAAGCAGAAUCUACAGCUCUGUGGCCUGCGGAUGCACCCAUUUUAAAAUGUUACCCUUCUGCUAAGUGGGAACGAGGUGUGGGUGGAAGUCUGCAGCACCAUGUUAGUCUGGUAUGCAAGCUUUUGUCCUACAACAGUGAAAGAUUUUCUAUUGAGUCGAGUGCGUUUUAUCUAGUAAAACAAUUUGUUACAAAAACAAGAGUUGCUUAGGGAGUUUUCCAGCAGGGUCACCUUGCUGAUAAACAGCUGACCUCUCUACAUAUUUGUAUGUAUGUAUGGUGAGAACUGGUGUGCUGUAUUCAGUGUUAUGACAGGUAGGUUACCGCUCAUGGCUUGUCUACCUCAAGACACAACAGGUGAUGAAAAAUCAUGACUGAUCAACAGGGAACAAAUGUAACACAGCAACAAUACACAAGAUGUUAAACUGUAAUGCUGGCAUGAGAAAAUACUCACCAUGUUUUAAUCCAGGGUUUUUGUAAAAGUUUUUUAAGUAAUGUUUGUUACUGUGUUUUUUUUUUUU